CAAAUCUGUAUUUCCUUUUCUGCAUACUGAUUUACCGAAUCACGUUUUAAGUACCUAUCUUAAACCACAGAAUAAUUCUUCAUAAUUAUUCUGUGCUUAAACCUUGAAUCCGUGGUCUGCAUUUUUAUAAUAUUUCUAAUCUUUAUCUUAAAUUCUCAAAUCACGAAAUAACACAUUAACACUCAACAAGUGAUAAAAUUAAAAUUUUAAAAAUUUAAGUUAACUUAAGUAAAUUAAAAUUAUAUCAAUUCAGUUUACCAUGACAGUUUUUCAGUUUAUAACUUAUUUAAAAAUCAAUUAAUUAAUAAUAUAGUAUGUAGUCAUUGUAAACAUUUGUAAUGUUUUUUUCCAGCCUUUAGUUUUUGCUCCUGAUUUAAAAUAUUGCUUAUUUUCUAUGGAUAAUUCUAAAGUAAAAUGUACGCUGCUUUGUGGAACAUCAGCAGCUUAUUCUCAGUCUUUAUUAUUCGAAAGUGCAAUAUACUGGUCUGAAUUCGGAUAUCGAGUAGUUUACAUUCAAAUAUCUCAGAUGAAAUCUCUACCAAUUCCAUUAGAUGGUGCCAAGCCGCCUAGUGUACAUGCAUUGAAUCGUAUUACAUUCCUAACAUUGUCACAGUGGGAAGAUCUUGUCAAGUACACUUGUUCAAUACAUGAAAACAGUCCAAAUGUGCCACAUGUAAUUUUAGUAUCAGACUUAAACAAUUAUUAUACAAAUGAAGAUAGUGAUCAAACUACAAGACUAGCACACAUGCUAUGUGCUUGUUUGUGUGAUGCUGUUUCAUAUUGUAGUAAAGUACACAAUUCCACAACAUAUUUAACAGUUUCAACACAAGACACUAUACUUGAAACACAUAAGCUAUCUGCAAUGUAUUUCCCAACAACCACAUGGAUUAGUAGUGUUGUUGAUGAUCAAGUAUUUUUUUGUAAAAAACAACUGUAUCCAUACCAACAGGAUAACCGUAAAAUAAAGUUUAUCAAAGUGAACAAUAAACUAAGAUGCGAUUCUGUAGAAGAAUUAUAUAACAUGUGAUAUAUGUUUACUAUUAUUUUAUUAUUGUUGAUGUUUUUAAAGUGUUUUGUAUCCUAUUUUUUGUUUUAAAUAUGUAUAAAUAUAUACCACCAUGCAAUUAUA